AUGAACCGCAAGAAGUUGCAGAAGCUGACGGACACUUUAACCAAAAACUGCAAGCAUUUUAACAAAUUUGAAGUGCAAUGUCUUAUAAAUCUUUUUUAUAACUUGGUGGGAGAUGCCACAGAGCGGCCAGGUGUGACCAUUGGACUGGAUCGCAAUGCAUUUCGAAACAUCUUGCAUGUGACAUUUGGAAUGACAGAUGACAUGAUUAUGGACAGAGUAUACCGAAGUUUUGAUAAAGACAACGAUGGUUGUGUAAACGUAUCAGAGUGGAUAUGUGGAUUAUCACUGUUUCUUCGAGGAACUUUGGAAGAAAAAAUGAAAUACUGCUUUGAAGUGUUUGAUUUCAAUGGUGACGGAUUCAUUUCGAAGGAGGAAAUGUUCCACAUGUUGAAGAACAGCCUUCUCAAACAGCCAUCUGAAGAAGACCCCGAUGAAGGAAUCAAAGAUUUGGUUGAAAUAACACUGAAGAAAAUGGAUCACGACCAUGAUGGGAAACUGUCCUUCUCAGACUACGAACAAGCUGUGCGAGAAGAGACUCUUCUCCUGGAAGCUUUUGGACCGUGUCUCCCUGAUCCAAAGAGCCAGAUGGAAUUUGAAGCCCACAUAUUCAAAGAUCCAAAUGAAUUCAACGAUGUGUGA